AUGCGUGCAUCUGGCAGAGGUGAUGCGUCGAUCCAGCAGUUCUUCCCACCCACACCGCGCACUUCCCCCUCGAAACGGACUUCAGCACUGCUCCGCUCAGACGCACCCGUCGGCGAUGGUUUCACGGCCGAGGAGGUUCGAGAGGCUUUGAGGCCGAAAGCCAUGGAGAAUUGGCAUCCUGACCACGAAUACGAUGAUCUCUCCGUCAAUGCUCUGCUGCCUGGCCCCAAAGCAGUCACUUUUAUGGGCCGCGUCGCCAACAUCUUCGAUGUCGCAAAUUCGUCAAGGACUCCUCGUUCGGCCAGAGGCUGCGUCAAGCUCUGCGUUAAGGACUCAACCGGAGCCAUCACAGUCCGCUUGUGGUAUGCUGCCCGUCUCCCACCGCUUCGGCUGGGCUCCCUCGUCUCCAUUUGGACCAACCACAGUAAGUACCAUGCCCUCUCGGCAGUUUCGACAAAGACUGUGGCAACCGGCAGUCGGACAGCGAAACCGCAACGAUGUCGUUUCCGGGAAUCCUCACCCAGAGAGUCACUGUACUAAUGCCUCCCAGUCAGCAACGGCGAAAACGGAACACUCUCUAGUGCAAGCGCACCAUUGUUCGCCUCACUCUUUCCAGAGCGUGAUCGCAAUUGUCACAUUAUGGUCCAUGAAAAUAGCGAUAACGGCAUGUUCAAGACACCGCUGGGCUUUCGUGAGGGUAUUCCACUGAAUGGCUUAAUGACGCUGCAGAAUUUCAUUGGCGGUGGCUACGAUGUGUCUGAAGCUAAGAUUUUGGUUGUGGUCAAGAGCAUCGGCGCGAAGAAGAAAGGUAUAUAUUCCAUUCCGACGGUCAUUGCUGCUGCCGUGCCCCUAUUUUGGCCGCUGUUGCCUUGUAAAAAGCCUUCAGGUUGCUAAUUCCUCGACCAGUGACUCGCAAGGAUGAGAGCGUCACGGAGAAUGUCAAUCUGCAGGUUCACGAUGAUACUGCAGAAGCCACGCUUGGCCUUUGGGGUACAUUGGCCUCGUCUCCUUUCUCCACGGAACACAGUGCGGACAAGAGCUCAGAGGACGGCCCAGUGGCACGGCAGGGAUGGAGACCCGGCGAGACAGUGUUGCUGCUCCAAGGUCCCGGCUGGAAGUUCGGUCGUACAACAUACCUCAGCUUCACAUCCUGUACGAUUGUCGACGUCGACCCUCACAUACCGGACGCAGAAUUGCUCCGUCGAUGGGCGCUUCGCAUCAAGAGCCGUGAAGCGAUCAACCCUCCAUUCCCCGAGAACGUUUUCGAUAAGAACGGGCCGGCGGUCGUCAAGUGCCUCUUCACGAUAUCUGAACUGGAUGAAUUCGCACGUGCCGCUGAGGAGACCUAUCAGGGCUUUCUAAGCCUCAUUAUCAUGGAGAUCAACUUGCCGGAACUGCAUCGACGAAAUAUGCUCCUUGCCGGCGAGUGUUGCGACAUCCCGAUCUACGCAAACGCUCUUGUUGCGCCUUGUAAGGGCUGCGAGAGGGAAGUGCAUCUGCGGCUGAACCCACGAAUUCUUGGGCAGGUAAUCGAUGAGACGGGUGCCAUCGCCGGAGGGAAAAUGCUUCUCUGUGAUGAGGCUUGGCACGAUCUUCUCGGGAGAUCCCCGGAGGCUCUGCUCGACAGUCCUGCGGACUUGAAGUAUCUAACAGAGCGACUGCUGUUUUCCCGUGUUACUGUGAUGUUCGGCUGGACUGGGGACGCGUCCAAGGCAGGAGCAAGGGUAUGUGUUCUCAGGGUGCAGGCCUAG